GCUCCUUGUGCUUGUUGCCAGACUUGGGCCCACCACUUGAAGCUUCUCUGAGAAACCCUGAGCUCCACUUUUGGCCCCCCUCCGCCUUCUGCGGUUAAGAGACGUUUGGUGACAGUCGCCGAGUAAAGCCACUAAUCCCACUUAUAUUUCCGCAUUUCCUUGCCCGAUUUAAGUCAGCGGUUUCAUUUUAUUCAAAUCAUUCCAGUUACAAAUAUUUAUUGGGAAUAAAAGCAGUUGAUUCCAGUUAAUAUGUGCAUGUGGCCAUGAAGGAUCUAAGCGAGGAGUUACUGGAUCGCCAUUUCAAGCAGCAGCUGGCCAGUUACAAGGAUGCCGAUCAGGCAAGGGCUAAGCAGUCGGAUCGCCUCAUCAUGGCCAGCUGGAUAAAGGUGUUCGAGAAGGCUCCGCUCAGCGAGAAGUUGGCCCGAAACAGCCUGAUGCUGCUCAUGCAUGGCCACCUGAAGGACUUUGGAGUGCUCAAGGAACCGUUCACGGAUGUGCGUAACUGCAGUAGGAAUCUGAAUGCAAUUUUGGAUGAGUACAGGGGCCAGCCAUGUAGGAAGUUGGCUACUGGCAGAUCACCUACUCACCUGCUCAAGAAGUGCUCCACUCAAAUUUUACGACCCAGGAAACUGGAACCCAUCAAGGAGGUUUCCGAACACUCGGAAAAGGAGCCUAGGACCAGUAGUUUUGCCAGCAUUGUGACGAUAAUUCGAAAAACGAAUACGCGAUCCUCUGACUCGAAGGACAGCCUAGUUUCUGCAAAGACUGGCUUCGAGUCCCCAAAUGGGGCUGAUAGUAACAAUGUGAAGGAAAGAGUCGAACUAUUAGAGUAUGAGCUCUCGAGGAAUAAGCAGCAUCCAUCGAGCUCCACAUUCAAUCGGGAUCAACCUGACAGCGGAAGAACCCGUUCCUCCACUUCCUUAUCCCAAGAGAUCAUAGAUCAGGUCAACCGCCGAUCAAGUGCUGUGAAAAAUCUAAGGGAUUGCUUUGAGGAAAUGACCGAACGUUUGAAAAACGCAAUCGAUCCGAAAUAUGCCGUACCCACGAAAUAUAACCCGAAGAUUCCGCCGCCAAAGCCACCAAAGAAGAUUCACCAGGAUGUGCCUGCCCAGCGAGUCCGGCAACCAAUAGGCCAAUGCCAUUCUCCCCCCAUUGGUUGCAGGGACACAACUGUUCAGGGAUUGCUGAUACGAAGAGAACAGCUGCGUGUCCAAUGCUUGGCGUACUACAACUCGGAUGGCACGAUGAAGGAUGUGAUGGACAUGCCUGAUCCCUCAAUGGAUACUAGAAAAGAUGAACAGAGAGUCAGAGGCUUCAUAAUUGGUGCCUACCGAGCCUUGGAACGUCUGAAACGCUGGCGCGGAAAAUCCAAACGUUUAAGAUUUUUCCAAACCUGCUUCCAGAAAUUUGGGCUUCGUAAUUUGUGGGAACUACAGGCUUUGGAUCGAAGAUUCGAGAGGGUGGCGCUCAAGUGGUAUCGCCACAAGGUGAUGGCUUGUCAACAGAACACCUGGCUUAUGUAUCGCAGGAGCAUCUUGGCCCAGAAGCCAUCGUACGACAAGGAUGAUCUACAGCAGAUGCGCCACCAGAUUGAGCUGCAGGAGCAGUUGCAGCGGGAGCGAAUGGUGCACCUGGCCAAGAUCAGGGAACUGUGCAGGAUCAACUGUCACGGGAUCAUCACCCAGGAAGUUCUUGGCAAGAUGCUCGAACGCCUGGACGAUGAACAAGCCCAGCUGGACGAGGAUCUCAAGUCACUGCUGCGCCAGAAGGCCCAACUGUUCCAGUGAAGCAUCCUGCGAAUCCGCAACUCUUCUCCCACCUGUUUUUGUACUCAUUUUGCACUUGUGUGUAAGCCUGCUUACACCGCGAGCUACGCUGCUCGUUAAUUAAUUUAAAUACUACGCUUUAUUAAAUUAAGAACUGCUGACAGGGAUACAAAGUAAACGCGUGGGUUGGGGGAAGGGACCAAAGCUGGAGAUGACUACACAAUAAACAAACAAUCUACUCGUAAA